AUGUCACCCACAUUUUCUCCCUCCUCCCUCUAUGCCACCCUCAUCAUUUUUAUUUUCGUGCCACAAGGGACUACAUGCACUUUAGUAAACAGAUGCGACUACACCGUGUGGCCAGCGAUACUCUCCAGCGCCGGCAGCUCCGACUUGGGCUCCACCGGUUUCCAACUUGAUACCGGUUCGACCCGCUCCUUCCUGGCACAAUCCUCCUGGUCGGGCCGGUUCUGGGCCCGUACCGGCUGCUCCUUCGACCCCACCACCGGCCAGGGCUCCUGCGUCACCGGCGACUGCGGCUCCAACCGGAUCGAUUGCGACGGCGCCGGCGCCGCGCCGCUGGCAACCCUCGUCAAGUUCAUGAUCGGCUCCGGCGGCGCCCAGGACUUCUACGACGUCAGCCUCGUUGAUGGGUACAACCUGCCGGUGAUGGUCGAGGCAUCUGGCGGGAGAGAUGAGUACUGCUGCAGCGGCGCGUACGGAUUGCCGGCGAGCUGCCGAUCGUCGGUGUACUCGGAGGUUUUCAAGAACGCUUGCCCGAGGUCGUACAACUACGCGUACGAUGAUGCCACGAGUACGUUUACGUGUACGGCGGCGGAUUAUACGAUUACCUUCUGUCCUUCACUCGCAAGGUACUAG